CGCGCGCGCGUCUUUGGGAUGCAUAUAGCGUGCGCACAGUUUCUACUAGGAAGUCAACGGAAUGAUGCAGUACACUAGAGAGACUCCUCACAUGAGACUGGACAUAUUUGAUGUCUUUUCCUUGACUUUAAAGACAGACGGAAUUCCGGCGGGCGACUUGCUAGUGCAGCGCGAGGCUCGUUUGUGGAUGUGCCAAGACACGCGGAAUGACUGUCUGAAUUAAAUGAACUGAAAAGCAAACAGCGGCAAACGCAUUGAAUAAGGAUUUCUUUACUUUCAGUUUUAGUCUCAAGUUCUCCUGACUGAUACACUGGAGAGGGGUUCGUCAUUGAAUGCGGAUGCUUUUGCGUAAAGAGCCUGUUACAUAUUUUGGGUCUACCAGCGAGAAAGAGACUAUGCAACUGUUAACGUUUUUCCCCCUUUAUGGCGUGUUGAAACUCUCUUGUAUUGAACUUUAAUCGUAAUGAAUAGAAACCUGUCGCACGAGCAGUUCUGGACAUUUCAAGAGGGGCUUUUCUGCAUGGAAAGUGUCUCUCCCGAAAAGACUGUUCUUCCUCAGAAUAAGGGAAUGUUUAUUCAGUGCGUUUUAACGAUGCUGCGUUGAGUCGGAAUGGAUUUGCUGUUUUAAACGCGUCAGUCCGUGCCAGAUCGUAAGAAAGAUGCAGCAUCUCCGUGCGGCGUGGGCGCUCGCGGGAGCAGCGGUGGGCUUUUUUUUAUUGUUCUUGAUUCAAGCACAUUUAGAAGGUCAGUUGGUGGCAGGUACUUGUGAAAUUGUGACCCUGGACAGGGACAGCAGUCAGCCAAGGAGGACCAUCGCCCGGCAAACAGCCAGAUGUGCCUGCAGGAAGGGCCAGAUUGCUGGCACUACCAGAGCUAGUCCAGCAUGUGUCGAUGUGCAUAUUGUGAGGAACAGACAGUGGUGUGAGAUGUUGCCGUGUUUGGAUGAUGAAGGCUGUGACCUGCUGGUAAACAGAACGGGCUGGACGUGUGCACAACCGGGAGGCAAAGUGAAAACUACCACAGUAUCCUGACGCCAAUGGGGGCCGAUUUUCCCAAGAGAGGUGCCACAUUUGGAAGCACCUCUUCAUUCUCCAAAGCUACAGCUGGGUUUGGGAGGGGAGCAUUCAUCAUUGUCAUGUUAGCCCUGUCUGAUAGUCUCUCCAUUUAUCCUUCAGUCUCAUAAGAUAAGGGGUGAGGACCUCUAGAUACGGAGCUUAGGUGGGCCACAAGGAAUGGACCACUCCCCACCCCCGUGCUGUCAAUCAAGUUGGCAGCAGCACUCCAUCGGAACUAGCAGAUGUUUUGUUUGGCAAUGCCAAAACAUUGCCGGACACAAAAUACUUUAUGAAUCAACCUGCUUUGGAUCAAGCAGCAUGUGAGGAUCUAUCGAAAUUUUACAGACCAAAGAAAUUUGGAAAAACUAUUUUUGUGGAAAGAUUUUCAGUACAAAUCAGUAACUUCUGCUUUGAAAAAUGCAAGUUAAAAUGCACACUUACUUGAGCUUUGUAAGGAGUUUUUCCAUUUGAGCACACUGAAAUGGACAACAAAGACAUUUACAAUAAAACUGAGUUCUCUGUUGACUCUUCUUCGAUUGAAGAUCUGCUGCCAUUAUUGUGAAAUGAACUGACAUCAGCUAGGAUUUGGAAAUGGAGUUGAGCAGGACCUGUGAUCUAUAAAACAGAACGUUAUCCAUCUGACCCGAAGAGACUCUAGCAGAGACUGGAAAAGACUUCUGCUUUGGGAGAGAUGGUCCUAUGUAUUUUCAGAGUCAUAAAGUUAUAUAUAUUUAACAGUUUUGUAUGAUGUGUCUUUGUAGCGAACCUUAUUUAACUCUGACAGUGUGAUCCUAUUCAUAAAGGGUGGCUUGAAAAACAUCAUGUCCUGGAAAGUUAUUUACUUGUUGCUUUCAUCGCAAAUGAUAGUUAAUGACACAAGGAAAUAUGAAAAUGUAAGUGCAUUUGUGAGUAAACUUGUUUUGUAACACAGUUACAAUAUAGUACCCACAUAAAAAGUAACUGUAAUCCACCUUGACAAGGUUAUAUACAUCAGUAUAUGCUAUGGGUCAAAUGUGUUUUACCGCAGCGAUUGUA